AUGUAUUCGGCUUCCGCAGUCGAAAAGCUCGACGGUCUUCUGGCGCUUUGGCUGACCAUCUCAUCACGCCUCCUGCUGAUAGUUCAACACCCCAGCCAGUGGUGGGCCUCGAUAGAUUAUGAGCUCGUAAUUCUGCAUGUGCAACUCCAUGUGGUGUGCCAUGAUGAGCCCACUAGCGCCAGCCGCGACCAUGACGACUCGGAGGUGUCGAGGCUGGCCCAGACGUUCCUCUGUGACUCGGUAGCCCGCGUCGGUCUCUUCAUGGAAGCCCGACUGGUGCCGGUGGUCAUUUUGUAUCUAUUGAGCCCAUCCGUGUUGGCCAGCCCAGUCACUGUCGACAAAUGCUUCAAUGGCUUCUGUACGGUGUUGCCUGUGCUCGCUGAGCCUCGAUCGAUCCUCGUACAAUGUAUGGGUGUGUUUGUGUGUGGGUAUGCGUAUGUGGAGGAGCGGACGGCCAAGAACGUCGUCGGCGACCCAUUCAAGGCCGACACCUUCCAGGGGCCUCAGUCCAGUAAAGAGGCUGAUUCCAAGAUUGAGACUGGUGGUGAGCGCCAUGGUGAGGAGGGCUACUUCAUCCAGCCCACCGUCUUCUCCAAUGUCAGCGAGGACAUGAAGAUCAUGCAAGAAGAGGUCUUUGGUCCUGUCUGCGCCAUCAGCAAGUUCAAGACUGAGGAAGAGGUGUUCCGACUCGGUAACGAGACCACCUGCGGCCUCGCCGCUGCCGUACACACCACUAACCUCAACACUACCAUCCGCGUUGCCAACGCCCUCAAGGCCAGCACCGCCUGGGUCAACAACUACAGCAUGCUCAGCAACCAGGUCCCCUUUGAUGGCUUCAAGGAGCCUAGUAUUGGCCAUGAUGUGUUAGUGUAUGCGUGUGUGGCCCAGGGUAUCUGGUUUCGACUCCUCUGGUUGCUGGAUAGACGACCGUUGGCGGCCAACGUAUUACUGCUGCUGAUCAAGUAUCAGCCGUCGAGGAUGUUGGAACGGUGUCGGAGCGUACGCUUGGCGACAGGAUCUGGAGACUAUUACCCAGAAUGA